UGCGCCUCAGCCCGCGCGCUCGCAGUUUCUCGCUCUCGCCCGCCCUCCGCUCCCUAGCUUGCUCGCGCUUUUGCUCGCGCUCUCCUCGCGGAUCGAAGGGACUGUGGCUACAGCCUGUGGCUGGGAAGGGCGACAGAGGCGGCGGUUCAGGAGAAACGAAGCUGCAGUGGUGGUGGUGGGAAGAUGUCGGGCGAGGACGAGCAGCAGGAGCAAACUAUCGCCGAGGACCUGGUCGUGACCAAGUAUAAGAUGGGGGGCGACAUUGCCAACCGGGUACUUCGGUCUUUGGUGGAAGCAUCCUGUUCAGGUGUGUCGGUACUGAGCCUGUGUGAGAAAGGUGAUGCCAUGAUAAUGGAAGAGACAGGGAAGAUUUUCAAAAAAGAAAAAGAAAUGAAGAAAGGUAUUGCCUUUCCCACCAGCAUUUCAGUAAAUAACUGUGUAUGUCACUUCUCCCCUUUGAAGAGCGACCAGGACUAUAUUCUCAAGGAAGGUGACUUGGUAAAAAUCGACCUUGGGGUCCAUGUGGAUGGCUUCAUCGCUAAUGUGGCUCACACUUUUGUGGUUGAUGUAGCUCUGGGGACCCAAGUAACAGGGCGGAAAGCAGAUGUCAUUAAGGCAGCUCACCUUUGUGCUGAAGCUGCCCUACGCCUGGUCAAACCUGGAAACCAGAACACACAAGUGACAGAAGCCUGGAACAAAGUUGCCCACUCAUUUAAUUGCACACCAAUAGAAGGUAUGCUGUCACACCAGUUGAAGCAGCAUGUCAUCGAUGGAGAGAAAACCAUUAUCCAGAAUCCCACAGACCAGCAGAAGAAGGACCAUGAGAAAGUUGAAUUUGAGGUACAUGAAGUAUAUGCUGUGGAUGUUCUCGUCAGCUCAGGAGAGGGCAAGGCCAAGGAUGCAGGACAGAGAACCACCAUUUACAAAAGAGACCCUUCUAAGCAGUAUGGCCUGAAAAUGAAAACUUCUCGUGCCUUCUUCAGUGAGGUUGAAAGGCGUUUUGAUGCCAUGCCCUUUACUUUAAGAGCAUUUGAAGAUGAGAAGAAGGCCCGCAUGGGUGUGGUGGAGUGCGCCAAACACGAACUGCUACAACCAUUUAAUGUUCUCUAUGAGAAGGAGGGUGAAUUUGUUGCCCAGUUUAAAUUUACAGUUUUGCUUAUGCCCAAUGGCCCCAUGCGGAUAACCAGUGGUCCCUUUGAGCCUGACCUUUAUAAGUCUGAGAUGGAGGUCCAGGAUGCAGAGCUCAAGGCCCUCCUCCAGAGUUCGGCAAGUCGGAAAACCCAGAAAAAGAAAAAAAAGAAGGCCUCUAAGACUGCAGAGAAUGCCACCAGUGGGGAAACUUUAGAAGAAAAUGAAGCUGGGGACUGAGAAAGACCUGGAACCAGAGGAGCAGACUGAUUGAAGAGACAAAACUCCUGGCUUUCUGAAGCUGUGGACUUGGAUGAAUUGCUAGGGGUUUGGAGAGAAAGGUGACGAAUUUCAGUACCUCUGGCAUGCUGUCCCAGGGAACUAGGGCUCCCGCUAACUUACAAGGUUUUUAAACAUACUGAAAAUGACAUGGCAUUAAAAUAAAUUUGGAUUUGCUCAUAA